UUACAAGGCAGGUGUGGAGCCACUAAGCUAAAUCCCCAGCCCUGCAGUGAUUUUAAAAACAGACUGUGAAUAUCAAGAAUAAACCGUGCACUUCCUGCUACCCGGCAGUGUUAUUUUUUGGAUAAUCUUCAAGGUAAAGGACAAUCAAGAGCACCCAUCACACCUAAACAUUCUGCAUGCAGGUCAUUAACCAGGGCUCCACAUUUAAUUGGCUCUUUUAAUUGGGGGUGAUACAUACAGUGAGACGGACAAGCCUUCGUGUACUCUCUAUGAGUUGUGAUUAAUAUAGGCCCUGUGUGGCAUCACCAUUGCCCCAGAAAGUCUAGGCUGGACAAUUUAAAAUUACCUGCUUGACCACAUUAUUUAUGUAUCCAUCCUCCUCCAGGCUGAGGGGAAGUUGGUGGAAGGGCCUGGAAGUGAGCAAGGUUUCUCUCUGCCCUGGGGCCUUUGCACUUGCUGUUCCUCAGCUUGAUGCACCUUCCUUGUGCUCUGUGAGAUUCUGCUUCCUUCUCCUUCUUCUGAUCAUGGCCCAAAUGCUACCUCUUGAGUGAAGGUGACCAUCCUAGCUUAAGGGACCUUUUCCCUCUUAAAACCACUCUACCUUCUUUGGAAGCCUGACCUUCAUGUGCAAUGAUUAAAUUUGUCCCUCUCUUUGUUUCCUGUGUCCCCCAUCCUGAGUUUUAGCUGCAGGCCUGCGGGCAGGGUCACUGCCUUCUGCAUCUAAAUUCUCAGCAGGUGGCGGGCCUCACAGCAGCCAGGCGCGAGCCAUGCCGGACCCCGCCGCGCACCUGCCCUUCUUCUACGGCAGUAUCUCUCGCGCGGAGGCCGAGGAGCACCUGAAGCUGGCGGGCAUGGCGGACGGGCUCUUCCUGCUGCGCCAGUGCCUGCGCUCGCUGGGUGGCUAUGUGCUGUCACUGGUGCACGACGUGCGCUUUCACCACUUCCCGGUUGAGCGCCAGCUCAACGGCACCUACGCCAUCGCGGGCGAAAGGUUGAGCACUGGCGAGGCCCUGGAGCAGGCCAUCCUGAGCCAGGCGCCCCAGGUGGAGAAGCUCAUCGCUACCACAGCCCACGAGCGGAUGCCCUGGUACCACAGCGGCCUGACCCGUGAGGAGGCAGAGCGCAAGCUGUACUCAGGCGCGCAGACCGACGGCAAGUUCCUGCUGAGGCCCCGGAAGGAGCAGGGCACCUACGCACUGUCCCUGAUCUACGGGAAAACCGUGUACCACUACCUCGUCAGCCAGGACAAGGCUGGAAAGUACUGCAUCCCCGAGGGCACCAAGUUCGACACGCUGUGGCAGCUGGUGGAGUACCUGAAGCUGAAGGCCGACGGGCUCAUCUACUGCCUGAAGGAGGCCUGCCCCAACACCAGCGCGGAGGGGGCUGCUGCUCCCACACUCCCUGCCCACCCAUCCACAUUCACCCAACCUCAGAGACGGGUGGACACCCUCAACUCGGAUGGAUAUACCCCAGAACCAGCACGCCCGGCCCCCGCAGACAAGUCGCGGCCGAUGCCCAUGGACACAAGCGUGUACGAGAGUCCAUACAGCGACCCCGAGGAGCUCAAGGACAAGAAGCUUUUCCUGAAGCGUGACAACCUGCUUGUGGCUGACAUUGAACUUGGCUGCGGCAACUUCGGCUCAGUGCGCCAGGGUGUCUACCGCAUGCGCAAGAAGCAGAUUGACGUGGCCAUCAAGGUGCUGAAGCAGAGCACAGAGAAGGCGGACAAGGACGAGAUGAUGCGGGAGGCACAGAUCAUGCACCAGCUGGAUAACCCCUACAUCGUGCGGCUCAUCGGCGUGUGCCAGGCCGAGGCUCUCAUGCUGGUCAUGGAGAUGGCAGGCGGCGGGCCGCUGCACAAGUUCCUGGUCGGAAGGAAGGAGGAGAUCCCUGUGAGCAAUGUGGCUGAGCUCCUGCACCAGGUGUCCAUGGGGAUGAAGUAUCUGGAGGAGAAGAACUUUGUGCAUCGAGAUCUGGCGGCCCGCAAUGUCCUGCUGGUCAACCGGCAUUAUGCCAAGAUCAGUGACUUCGGCCUCUCCAAGGCCUUGGGUGCCGACGACAGCUACUAUACCGCCCGCUCAGCAGGGAAGUGGCCCCUCAAGUGGUAUGCGCCUGAGUGCAUCAACUUCCGCAAGUUCUCCAGCCGCAGUGACGUGUGGAGCUAUGGCGUCACCAUGUGGGAGGCCUUCUCCUAUGGCCAGAAGCCCUACAAGAAGAUGAAGGGCCCCGAGGUGCUGGAGUUCAUCAAGCAGGGCAAGCGGAUGGAGUGCCCGCCCGAGUGCCCACCUGAGAUGUACACACUCAUGAGCGACUGCUGGAUCUAUAAGUGGGAGGACCGCCCUGACUUCCAGGCGGUGGAGCAGCGCAUGCGGACCUAUUACUACAGCCUGGCGAGCAGGGCUGAGGGCUCCCCACAGUCUGCACAGGGUCCUGAGGCUUCAUGCACCUGAUCCUUGGCCACAUGGAGCCUCGGAUCCCAGCCUGGCCUUUGUCCUCUGCCCAGGCUCCCUGGUCCUUUGGGCCUGGGGCAGGUGAGCUGAGGCAGACUGGUCCUGGGCAGAGGGGCUGCCUCAGGACUCUCUCCCUCUGGGCCCUGAAGGGAAGGCUGGAGUCCGUGGCUGUACAGACUUCAAUCAUUGGAAUAAACUCAGCUUUCCUCUUGCCCGAGCUCCUCUUUCUGGUGAGGCAGACCGGAUGGGUCACGGGAAGGCGUGGCUGAGUAGCACCCCAAAGCAACUUUCCUCAUGUGAGAAAGAUGCAGCUGGAUGUUACCCCUUCUCUUCCUGGGGAGCAUCUCCAGGGCAAAGCGGGGAUACUGAGGCCAAAUGUGUGGGCCCAGCGGGCUGGGUGCACUGUCGCAGUUUCCCUGAGUCACCCAGCUGCCUGCUCAGCUGCUCCUUUUUUUCCUUGCCCCAGUCACAGCUCUGGUCUUUGUCACCUUCUGCCCCAAGUGUCAGCUCAGUCCCGCUCAGAACAGUCCUCAAGUCUUACUGCCUCAGUUUCCCAACAUGGGAAAUUGGGUUGUUUGAGGGCAGAACCCAACAGGGGUGAAGGGCAGCCUAGACCCUGCACUGCUUUUCUGAGUGUGCCCCCUCCCAAACUGAGAUGGGCUCUAUCCCCACUGCCCAACCAACACCUUAUUCUCAUGGCUAGAGCAAUUGGUCCAGGGGACAGCACGUGACACACCAGCAGCCAAUGACCGUCAAGGAGCUUUGAUGAGGAUUCUGGGAAGGCAAACUUCCUUGUGGUGUGAAGCCAGGAGACUUGGAAGCUUGUGCUGUUUUGUGGGACCACAGGGGAGGGAUGGGGGCAGAGUUUAAGGCCCAGGUGAGAGACUGCAGAGAGGGAACCCCCGAGCCUUGGGGACAUUUGGAUAUAUUGUGAAGCCAGGAGUUCAACCCAGGACAGACCUUAUUCUGACUUCACCAUUUGUUAUUAGAUUUUUUUUGGUACUGGGGAUCGAACUCAGGACCUUGCUCUUGCGAGGCAGGUGUGGUGCCACUGAGCUAAAUCCCUGGCCCUGUUACUCAUCUUUCAAUGACCUUUGUGUUCUUUGUGGAAGCCUAUUACCAGUUCCCCAGUUCUGGGGUCCAGCGCAGGAAGGGACUGACCCCACUGUGUGCACCUUGGGGUUAAGGACACCCUGGGGUUGUCUGAGGGUCUGUGGACCCCAACAGAGCUGGCGUCCUGAGUCACAAUCAGACCUUGGAGCACAGCUAACCGCAGACAGAUAUAACUAGAACUGCUUCAGGUUUGUCAUUCUUUAUGACCUCUUGGUGGUUGUGUGUGUUUAAAAUUUAAUAUACCAGUGCCU